AUGAAUUUUGAGAACUAUGAGAAGUGGAUCAAAGACCAAUUGAUACCAAACCUGAAGCCUAACAGCGUGCUGGUUAUCGAUAACGCGCCAUACCACAAUAAGCAAGUUAACCCUGCGCCAACAUCAUCUUGGAAAAAAACCGACAUGCAGAAAUGGCUGACUGACUGCGGUAUUCCCUACCACGAGAGCAUGCUAAAACCUCAGUUGUAUGCUUUAAUUAAACUCCGAAAACCCCAACUAAAAACAUAUAAGAUAGAUGCGGUCUUAGCUGAGCACGGCCAUUCAGUUUUAAGACUACCCCCCUACCAUCCGGAUCUAAAUCCGAUUGAGAUGAUUUGGGCCACAGUGAAGGAUUACAUCAAACAAAAGAACGUCAAGUUUUGUUUACAAACAGUUCUCCAGCUUGCAGCCGAGAAAUUCGUCGAGAUCUCUCCAGAAGACUGGAAGAAGCGAUGUGAACAUGUGAAGAAAAUAGAAGAGGACUACCUGAACCGUGAACAUAUUGUAGAGGAAGAGACUGAACGUUUUGUGAUACGUGUGGAUGCCAGUAGUGACAGUGAAAGUGACAACACAGACAAUGAUUCUGUUUCCAGUGAAGACAAUAUGAGUGGAAUAGAAGAACUGGACUAA